AUGAGCGGCCACAUUCAUACGGAGGGACUGGAGGCAAUGGGCCAUAAAGCAUACUCAGAUGGCAUAGGAUAUAGUGCGAUUUAUAGUUGGUAUGGCCAAACCAUGGAUCGUCUCCAGAGUGAUGACUCCAAUGUGUCUGAAGAGUUUCAAUCACUGACGGCCAAAGUCGAGACAUGGAAACAUUUCUGGCCUAAUGAACCUUUCUUCGCGGGUAUAUCGUCAAAAAGCACCUCGAGACAAUCCUUUGAGUCCAGAGAUCAAAAUCAAUCCAAAAAUCCUGUAAAAAGAUCGACUUCCACUUCACCAGAACAGGAUUCGUCGCAGGAAACUCUCACUACACUCUUACCAACUGCAGGAUCGUCAGAACAACCCAUCACACCAAAUCUGAGUCGAUCGCCAAUUAAGACACAGCAAGCAUCCCAUGGCAAUAUGGAACGGGAUCACAAGAGGUACCACGACGCGAUUUGCGCAAACUGUAAUAUGAGAGGUCACAUCUUGAGUCACUGUGUGGCUCCUGUGGACGAGUUUGGGUUCAUCUCAGGUUGUCCGCGAUGCAAUACUAAGAAGCAUUUAUAUGAUGAAUGCAGUGCGCUACCAAAGUCUAAAGGCGGGGGAGAUUUGGCUUGUCUUAUUCUGAAAAGAAUGAAUUGUCCUCCAAUUCGUUCGUCUAAGGAUAUUCGUAAUUUUUUAAAAGUUAAGUCAGGGAGACAGCACCCAUGGACAUACGACUUUUCCUUGAAGCAAGUAGGCAAGUUUGAGGUAUCAUACGAUGAUUAUGGGAUACCGAAGGGAUUAUAUCCAGAUCCAGCAUGGGAAACACCAGAUAAAGUUCUCUCUCAAGCAUACCCCCGCACAAUGGAUACAAUCUUACCAAGGCUAUGGUACUUUCACUGGAGAUUAAAUCGAAAGUCGGCCGACCUAGGCCACAAGUUUGAAGUAUUCCUAAAGUCGAUGAGCGAAGCAGCAAGUGAUAGUGAAAUCAUUACUUGUGAGAUUGUUCGCUUGGCAGAAGCUCUCGAAUGUAUUUCAGAGUUUGAGUCAAAAGAAGCUAGAGGAGAGUGGUUGACCAUCUGGAUGAGAAAAGAUAUCAAGACAAAACAGGCUAAAGAGCUGGAAUUUGAAGCAAAGCUGAAUGCUUAUCAUGCAACAGAAAACUAUCGCCCAAGAAACCAUGAUUCAUCUCCAGACAAUGAAAGAGCCGUUCCUUCAACCGAAGAAAAGGGAAAAGGCAAGGCAAUAGAUGUUCACAGUCCCUCAUCUUCCCACAGGUAUGCAGAAGAAGAGCAGAGCAUGUACCAGAGCUAUGCACAGAGGUAUGCACCUGAUAAUCCCUUCAAUGAAGGUACUUCGUCAAAUGUCCCAAGCGAAAGCACACCUACGUCUGAGAAUUUGGUUGUUAGAAAAGAAUUCGGAAGUGACCUCACUCCCGCUGUCGAAAAUUACAAACUGCGAGAUUUAUCAUCUCCAGAAAAAGUUCUAGAUUGUGUUCCUGUCGAUACAGAUACUCAGUCAAGUGGUCAAAAGGAACAAGGAGAAAAUCAACUGUCAAAAUUUGCAGAAUUCAAGUACGAACAAUCUAAGGAACAGAAACAGUUGGAGAAGAGAAUUUCCAACCUAAGUAGAGACCUCAAAGAGAUCAAUAGCUUUGAGAAGAGGGUGGAGAUGUUGACGACCAAUCAGUGCAAUCAACUUAAGAUGAAAGAGCUCAAGGAGAGGGAGUUGAGAGUAUUGUUAGAAAUCCGUAGUCGAUACGUAAUAUCCCCCGAACCAAUUUCUGGCUCGAAGAUUAACACGAGUGAAAGGCGUCAAUCUUUAGGAGCACCAGGAAAACAAGCACCUAACCUGGAGUAUCCAGCAAAUCGUCACGACAGUAGUAGCAGAGGCAGUAGUAACAUUAGUGGUAAAUCUUCAACAAGCGAAGAAUUGCCACCGGAAGGCUUGCAGGUCAAGAAUCUUAAAUCCAAAAAUAUUAGACGGAAUCCAGCGAUGUCUACCUCAUCAGUACCAAGACACUUACAACGCCUUCUUUUCCCAAGCAUUAGAAAGUCGCCUUUGAGCUAUGUUCAAACCGCACCAAGUGUAGGAGUCCAAGAUUCAAACGACAACAACAAUUCCACAGGCCCUGAGGAGUCACAGUCUUCUCUCGUUGUAACGCAAGACACAUAUCCGGCAUUGAACAGAAGACAAAAAGCUAAGAGUAUUUCGCAUAAGAAAUUGAACCGAUCAUCGAGUGAUGCACGAACCAUUGCCCCCGCUGCUAAGGCAAUGACGAUUAUUCCCAGGCCACAGUCGCUGAAACCGUUAAAAACCGUGACUGGAAGUCAAGAUAAAUUCCCGGUCUUGAAUCAAACACAAAGUGAGAGUGUCGCAGAUAGUCGUUCGAAGCUAUCCUCGAGUCACACACAAGUAGCUACAUCCGAUUCUGGCAACAACAAGAAACAGAUGGUAAUUUCAGAUUCCACGGAAUCACAACACUUGCAAACCACUAAUGAGGUCAAGAAUCAAACAGGGCUUAUCUCCGGGCCCAUGGAGUCAAGGAACUCACCAAAGACCAUUGAUAAUAGCCAAAAUCUGCCUUCAGCAUCAAAUGAAAAACAAGUUGGCCAUGUUGCAAAUAAAAACAUGGAGCUAGCUUCAAGGGAGGUCCAAACGGUUUCCAAGGUUGACGAUAUCCAUCAAGAUGCUACCAAGUUGAAGAAAAAUCACCUUCAGCAGAGCCGCCCACCAUAUGUACCUCCUUUCAAAGCAGGGCAGAUGUUAGCUUCAGAAGAGAAAUUGCCUUUGACAUUGCCGCAAAGAAAUAGUGAAUCAUCCUCAUCGAUUUAUAAGCCACCACAUAAAAGAGAAAAGCAAUCACUACGGGACAAUGGACAUCAAUCAUCGUUACUGGAAGAAGACACUGCAAAACACGGCAAAUCAGCCCCACCUGUUCAUAUACUACCACAGAUGAGAAUCACGCAACCUACUUCAAAGACCGAAUCACCGCCUUCAGUGACGCAAUCCCCAAUACAGAUUAUAGAGCCGGAACAACUAUCUUCAACGAAUGGUUCGAUUUCGCAAAAUCAACAGCUAUUGGACCCAGAAGUAGCAUACCCGAAAAAAUCAAACAAAAAGUCCUCGACUCCAACAGAUCAAUCUUAUUUAGAAGCAGAUGAUGACGAUUCCAGUUCUAUGCCUCAAUUUCAAACAAGCCCUAGAUCUUCUAAUUUACAGCAGAAAUCACCCAGAACUAUGAGGCGGAGUGAGAGACAACGUACAUCAUCAUCUGAUGCAUAUCUUCCAGAGCCAGAAAUUCCUUUCUUGACACCACGUUUGCAGGAGACUGUUUCUAAACCUAGUGAUUCAUGGCCGGAACUUCUAGAUCCUGGUUCCUUUGCUGAUUCUCUUGAUUUUGAAUGUCCCAAUGAUAAAAUCGAUUUAUCAGUCCCACUGCGAGAUCCAGAUGUCUUCUUAUUGGAUAAUGAAGAUUGCAAUACUAUGGAACCACUAAGGUCACCAAUCACACUGCCAGAUCCAGAUACCUUCUUAAUAGAUAAUGAAGAUUGCAAUACUGAGGAAUCGCUAAAGUCAUCAAUUCCACUACCAGAUCCAGAUAUCCUCUUAUUGGAUGAAGAAGAUUGUAACACUAAAGAAUCGCUAAGUUCGCCAAUCGCACUGCCAGAUCCAGAUAUCUUCUUUUUGAAUGAAGAAGACUGUGAUACUAAAAAAUCGCUAAGAUCAUCAAUCCCAACAAUACUACACUCCCGUCCUCACAGGCAGAGCAAUCAUGCAAGCAGUAUAAUAUCUGGUGGGAAUUCAAAAAUCCAAGAAGCAGACAAAGCCGUGUCAGACGAAAAUGCAAGCAAGAUAUGUUUUACGUGCAACAAAGUAGGACAUCAUACAAUUGAUUGCCCCUCGAGCUGGAGACUCGACGCAUUGGUUCUUGACAAUUUUCCUUAUUCGAGCUCACGAUACCGUGCUGGCUUAGGAAACUCUAUGCAGGCUAAUAAAGCUAAUGAGCCAAAUCUCAAUCUCGGCGCCAAUAAUUCUACCCCGACUUGGUCCAGGAACGGUUAUCCGGAUUAUACAUCAUUUCCUGGCAAUUUUCCUCAUCCGAGCCUACCGCAUAUUGCAUAUGCAGGGAACCAACUACAGGCUAAACCUAAGUCUGAUCUCGAUCCCCCCACGGAUUUUUUCUACCCGAGUCGGUUAACAAAAGGUGAUCAUCUAGUCGAGGGACUACCUGGGAAUUGGAUCGAGAUAGCGGAGAAAAUCUCAAGUUUUUUCCACGCGGAUUGGGAUCAAGAAGUGAACAAGCUAAUUGAGACUCGGUAUUGGGAAGUCCAGAAAGUAAGAAAUACGGGCCACAAUUUCAGUCUUGGGAAUAAUUCAGAUGAUGAAGAGUCAGGAGAGGAAGAAUCAGAAGACGAAGAAAUAAUCUUGAGAUAUCCCUGGCAAACGAAGAGCUCUGACUGCACCCUUGGGAAGGAAACUAGGGAGAGAAAAAAGAGACUCCCCACUCCAACCAAAGCAACUGCCGACAAAAUGGGACAUGAUUAUAACAUGGAGGAGAGAACAAGAAACAUGCUGACAAAGGGAUCUCCAAGGGACCCUCACGCAUUCCAGCCAAGAAGAAUUAUAAAUGGUGCUGGAUUUUUCUAUCCGGCUCCUGGUGAUUGGUUCUGUAUAUCAAGGGGGUGUGGAGAACGCAAUAUUUCCGAGUCUAUCAUCUGUAAGAAAUGUUCCAGUCCGCGUGGAACAAGGAGAGUGGAUGGUAGCAUCGAGAUUUUCCAGCCCGGGGAUUGGGUAUGUCCAUUCAGAGAUUGUUCCAGACACAACUAUGCCAAUCAUGUUGUCUGUAAAGGUUGCGGCAGUCGUUCUAAAGUGCCGACGGUUCCUAUUCUAUGGAAUUGUAGCUCAUUUAAUUGUGGCGAGACAAAUGAUAACGGCGUGGUACGUUGUCGAAAAUGUGGUAAUCCCCGUAUUAUCUUUCAUAACCCGCCACCUCGAGCAACAGUCAAUGUAUUUCAUGCCGGUGAUUGGUAUUGCGGUGCAUCAGGAUGCGCAGCCCAUAAUUCUUCCCGGGAUAUCAGCUGUUGGAAAUGCGGCGGUACGGAUACCACUCUCGUCGCUCCUGGUCAAGUUGGUCAAACUACGACUGGCUAUUUUCCUCCUCCGGGUUGGAAUUGUAACAUAUUUGGUUGCAGCUUCUAUAAUCAGCCUAAUUUAUUCAACUGUUGGCAGUGUGGCAAUCCUCGUGCCGAUUUUUUUCGAGGCCCACCGAUUUUUUGA